AUGUCCGCACAAAUGCAACUGGGUCAGGGAGGAUCAGCAAAGCCAUUUGGAGGGAUUUCGAUGGUAGUGUUCGGAAACCUCCUCCAGUUGGAACCGGUAACCCACGGAGCAGUUUAUGAAGCUCUCCCUCUCGAGUUUAAAGCUCUACGGGACGCCAGCUACCCCUGCAUCACGGAAAAUUUGUGGGGUCUCUUUAAGAUGAUGAGACUCCACAGAAACGUUCGCGUCGAGGAGCAAGAGGAUGCGAAACACUUGAAUGCCCUCCGUGAGGAUCCCGGAAGAAACAGAAAAAGAAUAGCCAGGAUGCCCGACUCGAUUAGAAUGCGCUGGUUGAAGGUGGAGAAGAAUGAUGCUGAAAAAGUGGAAGAAUGGAUCGAAGCGAGUCGAUGGGUCAGACCAUUGACUCUGGCCCCCGGAUGCAAGGUGACUCUUGUCACCACCAUCGACAAGAGGAGGAAGCUAGUCAACGGAGCGAUUGGGAAAAUCAAGAAAAUUUAUCCCGAUUCUCUGGUGGUUGAUUUCCCCGGAGUCAAAAACCAAAUACUUCAUAGAACCAGCUUCCGGAUCCGAAACAAGAGCAACGAGUAUUUUUGGUGGAGACAGUUCCCUGUCAGAGAAGCUCAGGAUAUCACACGUGGAGCCGGAAAGAUGGAAAGUGGCAGCGUACGCGAAGGACGCGGUGAUACAGAUGAGGAAACGAAACGCUAA